UGGCUGGUUUUAAGCUGGCCAUGAACACAUACAAUCCAUACAUGAGUGAGUUGAACUUUCUAAAAGUCAGAUUCAUUUUUGUCACAAAUGGAUUUUGCCUUACUGCAAUUUUAUACAUUUUUAAAUAAAAAAAAAAAUAAAAAUUCUGUGAAAAACUGAUCAUCCUUGGUAAGGGAAUGCGGCGCCUGAAUUGAAACUUUCGGAAACGAAAGAACAAAAACAUGCAGUCGCCCCAAGCCAUAGACUGCCAUUUAUCCUUGAAGAAGUGGCAUACUGAGCCGGAGAGGAGCCGGAAGCCCGCAGUCGCCACCUCCUUGUGCCGCGAGCGGUUCAACUUCAACUCCUCUGUGUUACGAACCCUUGGCCGGAAAUUCGACGUCAAAGCGCUCCACAAGCUCUUACGAAGCAAUGAUUGGUACCGUCUCCAUCGCACAACCAGUUGCAAUUCGAUUUUCAAUGACUGCAUCAGGGGCUUUUGGAAUUGCAUCCAGUUAAGAUUCUUUAAUAUGACUUGGAGAUGCACUUCUCGAAUGAUUUCCGUUUACUUGUUAUGCUUCAAUCUUAUUUCUGAGGCACAUAUUUAUCCUUCUUCUCCACUUGCAUAUGCUUGUGAAGAUGUUAAGAAUUACUAUGCCUCUGUGGACCAUUUGAAAGGUAAAGUUCUCAAGAAAAAAUUGAAUUCCAUCAUUGCUGCUCACCAGUCCUUACCCUACAAAAAGGUAUGGGAUGCCCUCAAGAUUCUUGAUGCCGCUGAUGUUGAUAAUCCGGAAGCUUCAUCAGGGGUAGUUGAAGUUUACUCCUUAAGAGUUGUCUCAAAGCUCUUAGCAGGAAAACCAGACGGAUGGAACAGGGAACAUCUGUGGCCGCGCUCUUAUGGUCUAACUUAUUCAUCCUUUACUGACUUACAUAAUAUUCGCCCAGCAGAUGUGAAUGUGAAUUCAUCGAGGGGAAACAAGUACUAUGGAGAAUGCCCUCUUAACUCAACUAAAUGCUUGAAGCCAGCAAACAGGGAAGCUUCUUCUGACACAGAAACAGACGAGGAGAGAUGGGCACCGCCUGUGAAGGUCAGAGGAGAUGUUGCAAGAGCAUUAAUGUACAUGGCAGUGUGCUAUGGGUUCCGCCAACCUAGUGGGGGCCACAUCCUUCAUCUUUCGGAUUCUCCAAGCAUUGAAAACAGGGAGAUGGGACUGCUUUCUACCCUAUUGAAAUGGAAUGAAGUAGACCCACCUUCAAGAGAAGAGAAGUUGAGAAAUCAAAGAAUAUGCAAGCUUUACCAGCACAAUAGAAACCCUUUUGUUGAUCAUCCGGAAUAUGCCAAUCUCAUAUGGAAGCAAAUCAUUCAAAGUCAUCGACGCUUUUAUCCUCCUGCGGCAAAGGUGUAGCCCAAUGAAACUCACUAAUAUGAGAAAGGAAGCACAAAGAAAGUAGGAAGAGCAUGAAAACAGGUUUUUUUUUUUUCGUAGUGGGUCAGAAGUGCUGAAUAUUGAAGAAUAUUUUGGGCCUCAAGUCUCUCCCUUAGACCAUGCACCUAGAACUAGGGUUGCACAGCAUCAUCAAAAAGUAUGCUUGCUGGGAAAUUCUCAGUCUGUUCCUCACCAAACCAAAAAUAUUUAGACCUGUUGAAGACUUUCUGUUAUGUAUUCUUUAAUAAUUUUUAAAAUUAUUUAUAGAUUUAUAGAAGUUGGUAGCUUAAUGAUUAAUAUGCUAAUCGACAGCUUAGCUUAA